UGUCAGUGCUGGGGCUGCAGAGGGAAUGCCAGGGCCCCAGGGUAACGCUGAAGCCUUUGAACUCUGCUGUGUCUCCGCAGCCCCGUCCCAGCCGUGCUGCAGGACUGCUCUUCUGACCAGCCCCUGGCCCUGGAACCCCCAUGGCUCCCUGGAGGCUCCCCCUGGCUCUGCUGUGGGGCUGGGUGCUGGCCUCCUCCUCCCCCAGCACAGGUAAAGCCAAAGUGCUGCUGUGUCACUGCUUGUGUUAACUUGGCCCUUUGGGGAGCUUGUCCUUCUUCUCAGUAUGUGCAUUGCUGUGAGUGGCUGGUUUAUAAACUUGUAAUCCUCUGUCUAAAUAUGUUAUGUGUUUAGUGGCUGUGUUUCUGAGUGAAUUUGGGAGGAGAAGAGACUGCCUUUGGUGCACAGCAAAUAUAUCUGAGAGAGAGUUAUCAAAUAUAAACCCUGCUAUAAAUGCUCCUGAGCACGGUCCCAGACAGACAGGCUGUGCUAGGUGGGAGAAACACAAGGUUCAUUUGUACUUGGAGAGUAAUGCUUCUGAGAGAAUACUGCUCUGCAAGCUCUCAUCCAUGGCAAUGGCACUUCAAGCACCCUUUGCUUCAAGCCCUCGAGCUCCUCCUUGCUGCACUGCACCUGCUGGCCCUUCUGCAUCUGGCAGCUGCCCCUGUGCACCCUGAGAGAUGCUGAGCAGGUCUGGCCUCCCCUGAUGGAAGAAUGCAUGCCCAGGAGGCCACUGAGAGCUGCCUGUCCAUCCAGCACUCACAGAAAGCUGCCAGCACCCCCCUGCUGCCACUGAGCAGAGCAUGCUGCCCUUGAAAUGCCUUCCAGAAAAUUUGCUCCCCCACGAGACCUUCAGAUCACUGACCCUGGGCUCCUGGGCUCUCUGGAUGUGCAGUGGAAACCUCCCCCCCACGUCCCACCCCUCAACGAGUGCUCAGUGAAAUACCAGCUUGAGUACCGCAGCUCUGGGGACAGGGACUGGCAGGUUAUUUUUACUAGGAAGCUAAAAUUGAGAGUUGGAUUUGACCUCAGCAGGACUGCUGAAGUGAGGGUGCAGACUCUGCUCAAAGGACGGUGCACGGCUGACGUGGAGGUGCAGAGUGACUGGAUUUAUGCAACAUUUCAGGUUGCACCACAAGGAAAACUUGAAUCAGAGGUCCAGAACUUCCACUGCAUCUAUCAUGACUGGGAGUACCUGAAGUGCACGUGGCAGCCAGGCCUCCUCACACCUCGUGGUGUACAUUAUGAGCUAUAUUAUUGGUACGAGGGGCUGGAGCACACGGCGCAGUGUGAUCACUACAUCCAGGACCGCGGGAUCAACGUGGGCUGCGUGCUGCAGAACCUCAGCCGGGCAGAAUACCGGGACCUGCGCGUCUGUGUCAAUGGCUCGGCAGCAGCCACCCUGCUGCGGCCACUGUACAGCACCCUCCGCCUUCACAACCUCGCAAAGCCCUCAGCCCCGGAGCAGCUGGCGCUUUCCGUGUCUGCGGCCGGGGAGCUGCUGGCGGCCUGGAGCCCCCCGGGCGGGCGGGUGCCGCAGCACUGCCUGGAGUACGAGGUGCAGGUGGCAGAAGAUGCGGGGGAAGCCGCGGCUGCCUGGGCGUUUGUGUCGACCCAAAUGGAAACUGCUUUAACGAUUUCCAGAGCAAAUCAAAGCCACGUUUCAUGUGUUCGUGUCAGGGGGAGAACAAACAUCUUUUGUGCUGACCAGGGCUUUUGGAGUGAAUGGACACAGAAUUGUUUCUCUGUGUCCAGAAAAGAGGACAAGCAGCUAUUUAUCCUCAUUCCAGUCAUCCUCAGUUUGUCAAUUAGCCUCAUAAUAUUUAUGUUGAUUGGCCAGUGCAAGAAAAGAUCCCCAGCAGGAAAGCAGACAUCUGUGGGACACUAACUCUGCCUGUGCCUCUGCACUGCUUGUGUUUGCUGGGUUGCUCAUGGAACACCAUCCCAAGGACAGCCCAGGAGCCCUGAGCUUUCUGCAGCCCAGAGGGGUCUUCCCUGCCUGCUGCCACUUGUGAAGGCAGCUGUUGCAAUCCCAGCCCUUAAAGGGCCCAGGAGAACUGGAGGGGCUUAAACUGACUGCAGGAAAUCUGGAAGAGACCUGAACUGACUCUGAAGCAAGGUGUUUGUGAUAACAGGACAAGAGAGAAAAAAGAGGCAGUGGGAACUGCCAUGAAUAAAGAUAACACGUUCUG